CCUCUCCAUGUAUGUAUAUAUCUCAUUCCAAGCUACCACCAAAACUUGCGGCACAACAAACCACAUUGGCAUCUUUCUCUGUCUAUUCCUCCCAAUGGCCUCACUUGAGUGCUCUGCUGAUAACCUACGCCCCCUACUAGGCAGCGUUGCUAAUGCCUCCGCCGUGGCAGAGUACAUCUGUAGCCGUUUUGAUGCGGUUUCCAACAAGUUCAUUGACACUGGCUACGCUGUGGACAACACCUACCUUCUUUUCUCCACUUACCUUGUGUUUGCCAUGCAGCUUGGUUUUGCCAUGCUCUGUGCUGGCUCUGUACGUGCCAAGAACACCAUGAAUAUCAUGCUCACCAAUGUCCUUGAUGCGGCUGCUGGUGGCCUUUUCUAUUAUCUCUUUGGUUUUGCAUUGGCUUUUGGGGCACCAUCAAAUGGCUUUAUUGGACAACAUUUCUUUGGUCUGAGUAGAUUCCCUACCCCGUCUUUUGAUUAUGGCUAUUUCUUGUUUCAAUGGGCGUUUGCUAUUGCUGCUGCCGGGAUCACCAGUGGUUCGAUAGCAGAGAGAACUCAGUUUGUUGCUUAUUUGAUUUACUCAUCUUUCUUGACUGGUUUGGUUUACCCCAUUGUAUCACACUGGUUCUGGUCUGCUGAUGGCUGGGGAAGCCCUACUAGAUCCAAUAAUCUCUUAUUUGGAUCCGGGGUCAUUGAUUUUGCUGGCUCUGGAGUGGUUCACUUAGUUGGUGCGAUUGCAGGCCUAUGGGGUGCAAUCAUUGAAGGUCCACGAAUUGGCCGUUUUGAUCAUUCUGGCAACGCUGUGGCCUUACGUGGACACAGCGGCACUUUGGUUGUCCUAGGCACAUUUCUGCUAUGGUUUGGAUGGUACGGAUUCAAUCCGGGCUCAUUUGUCAAUAUCUUGAAAGCUUAUGGCGAAAGUGGAUCCUCUUACGGACAAUGGAGUGCUGUCGGCAGAACAGCUGUCACCACAUCCCUUGCUGGCUGCGCUGCUGCUUUGACCACUCUCUUUGGAAAGAGAUUACUUGUUGGCCACUGGAAUGUCACUGAUGUUUGCAAUGGAUUGCUUGGUGGGUUUGCAGCAAUCACUGGUGGCUGCUCUGUUGUCGAUCCUUGGGCUGCAGUUCUUUGUGGUUUUAUUGCCGCUUGGGUUCUCAUUGGAUUCAACAAGCUUGCGGAGAAAUUUCAUUAUGACGACCCUUUAGAGGCGGCACAGCUUCAUGGAGGAUGCGGUUCAUGGGGGAUAAUAUUCACAGCAUUGUUUGCAAAGGAGAAGUAUGUUAAUGAGGUUUAUCCAGGACAACCUGGAAGGCCUUAUGGCUUGUUUAUGGGAGGUGGGACGAGGCUCCUUGCAGCACACCUUGUGCAGAUUUUGGUAAUUGUGGCUUGGGUGACUGUCACAAUGGGGACGCUGUUUUUCACUCUGCAAAAAUUGAACCUUCUGAGGAUCUCAUCAGAGGAGGAGAUGGCAGGAAUGGAUAUGACAAGCCAUGGUGGUCAGGCUUAUGAAUAUAAUGAUCAUGAAAACAAUGCAAACAAGCCACCACCAGCAUUUUAAGGUGGAAAGGGCUAUCAUAGGUUUAAUCAAUGAUUGUGCUAGUUGAUUGAGUUCUUGAUUUAAUUGGACAUGCACUGUCAUCUUAGGUUGUCUUGUAUAGUUAGCAUCAAAAAAUGAAUUAUGGGUAAAAAUCUGUUAGUCAUUGGUUGUGCCGAAUAAACAUGUUUCCAGAUUUUCUA